UGGUGGCUCAAUUGCGCCUCGCACGUUGGCCAGGCAGCAGCUCCUUGCGGCUACUACCGACGACAUCGGCUGGAAACGGCAACCGAAAAACCGAGAAUAUCCUUCGUGGCCGGCUUGCGAAUUACGCGUAGUAAGCUGAACUGAAUUGAAUUGAACUGAAACACAACAGAACUCACAAAUUGCGGAGGCUUUGCCGGCUCGAUUGUGUUUGGUGUUUGUUUUUUGUGUUUUUGACAGUGUUUUCCUGCAGUUGUUGUCGUUGGGAAAGGAGGUCCUGUUCGAGUACAGUAUUCCCACCGGCGAACCGCGCGUUAUUUCCGCUUCCGUGUGAGUGCAAUUAGUGGGCGGCAUGGCGGCGCAUUGCCGCCGCUACCGCAGUCGCAGUCGCAGGCCCAAAUGCUCCAAGACAAUGUCACUGGCGGCUCUGAUUUUGGGUUUGAGUCUAGUGGUGGUAACCCUGGCAGCCGGAAAUGACGCCAUUUCCGCGCCGAAAGCGGUAAAGGAUCAGCCAUCGGAGAUGGAAGAUGAUGGCGCAGGGCGACCGGACAAGGAUUUUGACUUUACCGCCUAUGUGAAUGAUUUCAAUUUGCAAGAAGAGGCCUCCAUUCCGGAGGACAUAUUUGACCAGCACGACGGCGACAUUGUGGAUGAGGACGUCGAGUCGGCCCACAUUCAAUAUGCUCCAUCUGCCCCAACUGCCCCAUUUGCUGCAUCUGCCACCGCCGAGGAGGAGGACGAGGAGGACGUUGAUGUGGGGCUGUUGGAGGAGGACGACGAUGCAUCCGAGGCAGCUGAUAUUAUACUUGAAUCUCAAAGGCCCACUUCAAGGAAUUUCAGUGUUUACCUGGACGCUAAGAAAUACCAAAAUAGCAACAGCAAGAAGCAUUUCAAGGAGCAAAAGAAGAACAAUAUAAGCCACCAUCAAAACUACAAAUUGAAAAACAAUAAAGAGUACAAUCACCAUCGGCUAGCCAUGGAAGCUGCCGCCGGAAAAUCGGAAAUGGAAACGGUCCUUGGUGGCGGGACCAAGUUCACUUCCGGCGACGAGAAGCCACAGCAGGAGGAUCAGGAGCAAGUGGAGCAGGAGGAGCAGGAGGAAAGCGCCAACUUUGGCAGGCAAAGUUUUGCGUAUAAAAAAUUGAAGAGCAUGCACGAACAGCCAAGUCAACAGGACAAGAAACGGGGUGAUGAUGGCGACGAGGCGGAUUUACUGGAGGGCGACUAUCCGCCGUCCCAGCUGUUUGAUGCUAUUGAAAUAUUAAAUGAACGAAAAUUUAAUAAGCCAUCUGGCCAAUCAACGGACAAGUCCCGAUCCCAGCUGCAGAAGAAGCAGAAAGACCAAUCCUUGCAGGAGCAGCAGAAGUCCAGGCAGGUGGACGAGGCCAUUGGCGAUAUCGAUAUCGAUAGCGAGGACAAUUUGGAUAAUGAUGAAAUAUUGCCCAACAACAACGGCGAGGACGAAGACGCUGGCGACGACGACGAGGACGAGGACAUUAAGUCCCCCAUUGACAAUGAUGAAUUGGCCAGAAAGUACCCGGUAGCCACAUCAAUGACCACCAAGGUCCCAACCACUUUGGCUACAUCAAAAACCAGCAGCAGCAGCAUCAAUAGCAUCAGCAGCACCACCACUACCACCACCGCAACUGCAACAUCGACCACUGCAACAUCGCCAACGACAACAACAACACCUAGAGCCGCAGCAGCAACAAUUGGCCGCAAGUUGAAGAGGAAUUUCCUUGGUCUAGCACCGCCAGAAACCAGAUACUACGGCAGCUAUGAUAUCGGCAGGAUUCGUGCCCAGACCCAGGAGGAGGAUACCACCGAGGAGGAGAAGGAGAAGGACGAGGACGUGGGCGAGUUGCACUAUUAUGACACCAGCAGCGGUGGCAACGCCAGAAAGUUGGUCAGUUUUGAUCCGGAAAAAUCCGAGGAGAAUUACUUAGGCAGCUACUAUCCCGGCAAACUGAAUGCAACCGAGAAGAAACAGCAGCAACAUGUUGUUGCACGGCAGCAACAUGCAACACGUUACGUGGAUGACGACUACGCCGAACAACAACCGCCGGCGGAGAAGACAAAGUUGGAAAAUCCCUGGGAGAAAUCGGAUGGAAAGCCGGAGGAUGCGGAGCAGCUAGAGGAUGGCAAAUUGGAAUCUGAUUUGGAAUCUGCAUUGCAGCGAUAUCACGAGGCCACCACGGCCACGCCCCCUGUCACCGCCGACCCCUCGUCGGCAUUUGAACGCUUUAAGGCGCUGCGAAGGAGUCGCCAGCGCACUGGACACAAGAGUCACAAGAAGCGGUACAAGGACUAUCUGAAGAGGCAGCAACCGAACGCGGAGGCGACAUCGCCGCCGGAAACCGCUCCAGCGGCCACCAUCUCAACCAGGCACCUGCAAAAGUUGCAGAAGGAGCGGGAGAGAUCCACACACUCAGCACCGAUCUUUGCGCUCGGAUUGCGACCCCAGCGAACCCUGGUGGCCACCGGGAAACCCUUCUACGAGGGUCAGGUGAACUACUACGACAAUCAGCAGCAAACGGACGUGGAUCUGAAGCAUCACACGGAAAUGGAGCGUUUGAUUGCCCAUGACAAUGGCAACUGGUAUCGGCGCAUUAGUCCGGUUUUGCGUAAUGGUGUUAAAAGUGAUCCGCCGGCGAAGGAGCACCACCACCAUCACCAUCACAGUGGCCAACAUCUGGGCAACCACCACCACCACCACAGUCACAGCCACCAUCAUAGUUACAAUCACAAUGGGGCGCACAACCACCAUCAUCACAGUCACAGCCACCAGAAGCUAAGUCAUCCGAAAACACGUCCUCGUAAUCCCUAUCAGCGGAAGGUUUCUAUGGGAAUGGCUGACCCCAGUCCACCACCACCGCCCACUCCGCCGCUGCCACCGCCGAAACCGCAACUUGGACACCAAAUAACCGAACUGGAGCAUCUCGAGAGAUACUAUGCCAAGUGGCCACAUCUAGCCAGGGUGCAGUUUCAGGUCUACGAUGAGCACUACCGCGAAACGCAUCCCGAACUCUAUAGCGACUAUGAGGAUGACUACGAGAGUGCUGCGGAGCUGGAGGAGGCGCAGCAGGAGCGCGGUGAAGAGGCCAAUCUGCCACCCUAUAUCAAGAAGUAUAAUCGGCGGAACAAGCAGUUGCUCAAUCUCCUGGAGGGCACGCUACCCACACCCACUCUGAGUGCCGGUAAUCCUUUGGGCAGCACCGAAACAGUGCGACUGGAUGAUGAGUAUCUGAAGGAGAAGAGGCGACGUUACCACCAGCAUCAGCGUUUCGAGGACUUGUUUGCCCAGCAAAAGAGCAGGUAUAGUACCACACAAACGACGCCCAAGGAGGAGGUUACCGUGGCCCAGGAGCAGCAAUCAAAGGAGAACCCAGUGACUUCCACAACAUCGCCCAACAAUCAGUUGCCCGAGGAGGAUGCACCCGUUGUCUCUGGCGAGGAAAGCGAUCCUGCAGCCGAAACUCUGGACUUUUGGCAGCGGGAAAUGGCCAGUAAGGCGGGAAAGAUGCGAAGCAGUCAGCCCGGAGGUGCAGCCUCCACAACCACACCGAAACCAGCUCUCUUCAAGCUCCCAUCAUAUCCAGCCAUCGCCGGCAGCUUUCUGGGCACACCACGCAGUCGCAGCCGGAGUGCCCAGUUCGUGGCGAAUGUGGCUGGCAGGGGUCAAAGUAGUUGGCCACGUUUGGAGACGGGUAGUUCCACGGAAAAGCCCGCUGGCGGAGGAACCACCGAAGGCGGCGGAACCGCAACAACCGGAAGAGGGGCAGGUGGAGGUGGAGGAGGAGGAGGAGGAGGAAGAGGAGAUCCAUCCCCCCUGAACUCCUUUGUUUACCAUCGCGUGGUAGAUGGCAUUGGCGUGGGCGGAGCAAGUGGACCCGCCAUUUCCGGCUUCGUCGGCAGCAGUAGAGGCAAACAGUCGCGUCUGCCAUUCGUGGCCAUCACGGAUCGACGGCUGGAGAAAUCGCUGGCGGAGCGACACAAAGACUUUGAGCAGAAUCACUUUCCGAUGCCUUAAGCCGCGAAUUUGUGCAGCAAUGGAAAAGCUGGGAAAGCCGAAAAAGCUGGAAAAGCUGAAGAUUAAGAUGAAUGGUAAAGGAAAAAUUAACGAUGAGUUGGUAGCAACGAAUGGAAAGGGAAAUUAUCUGAAAAAAUAAAAUUAAAAAUAA